AAAAUGGCCAAAAAAAAAAUUCACUGAAAAUUAUUUCCUCUCCCUUUCUUUGAACUUUUCAAGCUCAAUAAAAUCUUCCUUCCGCGUGGUCCCCACCACUUUGUAUUCAAUUGAGUGAGUGAUGGACUGAGAACGUUACCAAGAAGUACAUACAGUUUCUAGUCUGUGAUUGACUGUUGUUCUUCGUGUCCUGUAGAGCGAGCACAGACCCGAGCGGGCCGAGAAAAUGGGCCACCGAAGCUCAAAGCAGGAAAACCCCGAUGAGUCAACGGACGGUUCCCCCUCCAGGAUUCAUAAGCUCCGGCAGCGGCUCCACCGUUACCGUCCCCACUUCCGCCGCCACAGCCGCGGCGUGAGCGCCGAUCCCCGCCUGAGCAAGCUGCUCAAGGAGGAAGACUUCGCCGGCAUCGCUCUCCUCCGCCUUAUCGGCGCGGACAUGAAAUUCAAGGACAAAUGGCUUGCGUGCGUUUCUCUUGGGGAACAGACGUUCCGCACCACCAUCUCCGAUCAGUUGAGUCCUGUGAAUGUGGGUUCUUGUCUGCAGGAGAAAAAGCUUCUUUUGGACAGAAAUGGGGCUCAUGUUGCGAGAAUAUCUGUAUUUGAGACAAAUAAAAUCUCCAAGAACAAUCUGAUUGGCUAUUGUGAGAUUGAUCUUUAUGAUUUUUUUACACAGGAUUCGGAUUCUGAUGUAGAAUUAUAUGACCUAGUAGAUCCAACAUCUGCUGGUGGAAAAGUUGGCCGCAUAAGUUUGUCAUGUUCCAUUGAGGACCCACUGGAAACAGAAAAGAGUUUUGCUCGGCGUAUUUUGUCUAUAGUGGAUUACAAUGAAGACGGAUGUCUAUCAUAUGCUGAAUUCUCCAACUUAAUUGAUGCAUUCGGCAACCAAUUGGCUGCUACCAAGAAAGAGGAACUUUUUCAAGCUGCUGAUGAAAAUGGGGAUGGGGUUGUCAGCAUUGAUGAGUUAGCUAUGCUUCUAGCCAUUCAAACUGAAAAGGAUCCACUAAUUAAUUGCUGUCCCGUCUGUGGUGAAAUUCUACAAUUGUCUGAUAAGUUGAAUGCGGUAGUUCAUUUGACUCUGUGUUUUGAUGAAGGGACUGGAAAUCAGGUGAUGACUGGAGGAUUUUUGACCGAUAAGCAGGCUUCCAAUGGGUGGAUGUUCAAAGUGAGUGAAUGGGCUCAUUUUUCAUCAUAUGAAGUAGGACUGAGGUCUGGAUCCAGUGCAUCACAUAUACUGGUUUUCGAUCGGCAUACAAGGAGACUUGUGGAGGAAAUUAUUGAUGCCAAAAUUGUUUUAUCUAUGAGGGCCAUUUAUCAAUCUAAAGUAGGACUUGGCCUUAUGGACAAAGGGGCAAAGGAACUCUUGCAAAGCAUCUCAGAAAAACAGGGCAGAAAAAUGGAUUCAACUGAAUCUGCUAAGGACAUAACAAAAUUCAUUACUUUGUUCAAGGCAUGAUAAUAAUUUCGGUCGUGCACAGUAUAUGCUCUACUUGUAUUCUCUAGAAUUUGGAUCAGUAUGCUUACAGUUGCCAUUAAAAACCAUGUUUUGUGCAUGUUGGUGAAACUUGUCACGAUUUGGUUUGUUUCAGUGCAGACAUGCUUCAUAUCUUUGUCUUCUCUACUUCCUCACAUUUUGGUUUUCAGAAAAGCUGAGGCUUUCUCAUAAGCCGCAGGACUAUCUUUUUAUCAUGGCAAGCUGAGACCAAAUUGAAAAUUGCAUUUUUUUUUUCUUACCUUCUUGAAACAUGAUGGUGCAUGAAAAAAAUGACAUUGUCCAUAAAUUGAGAAUUAUUGAGACAGUUGUUCAAUCAUUUCCAAACUAAUUAUUUAUUACUGCCCUUUUGUGCAACAUUUUGUGCAGACUUCUUUUCCAUGUAAGUACAAAUUAUUGAUUGCUCUCUCGUGCAUACAGAUACUGCAGACUGCUUUUCCACGUAAUUUCAGUUGUUCUGCAGCUUUUGAUAUGCGAUGACAAGAUUUUCCCUGAUUGCUGUUAUUGAUAAUGUUGCAGGAUCAAAUAAACGUGUCCGAAAUCAAAUACCCUUUAGAGCACUUUAAGACCUUCAACGAAUUCUUUAUAAGAGAGUUGAAACCUGGUGCGAGGCCAAUUGCCGACCUUGACUGUGAUGACAUUGCAGUUUGUGCAGCUGAUUGCCGCUUGACGGCAUAUACUACUGUAACUGAUUCUACAAGAUUUUGGAUUAAGGGACGAAAAUUUUCUGUACAAGGUCUUUUGGGGACUGAAUUUUGCUCUGAUUCCUUUAUUGAUGGAAGUCUAGUUAUAUUCCGGUUGGCUCCUCAGGACUAUCACCGAUUCCACGUUCCUGUUUCUGGAACUAUUGAGAAAUUUGUCGAGAUACCUGGAUGCUUAUACACGGUUAACCCAAUUGCAGUAAAUAGCAAGUACUGUAAUGUGUUCACCGAAAAUAAGCGUGUUGUGUCCCUGAUAUCGACAAAGGAAUUUGGAAAGGUGGCUUUUGUCUCAAUUGGUGCUACAAUGGUUGGUAGCAUCACUUUUUCUAAGAACAAAGGCGACUAUGUCAAAAAAGGAGAUGAGUUUGGGUAUUUCUCAUUUGGUGGAAGCACGGUCAUUUGUGUCUUUGAGAAGGGUGCAAUCAAGAUAGAUGAGGACUUGCUGGAAAACAGCUUGAGAUCACUGGAAACUUUGGUUCGUGUUGGAAUGAGAUUAGGUGUAUCCAUCAAGAAACAAUAGAACUCAGUGUGUUAAAUAAAGGCGAAACGCGAAAACUUGUGUGUACGGCCAUAAGGAACUAACCGUAAAUCCAAAUCACCAGAUGACUUAGCAAUACAAAUCAUCAUUAUUUCCUCUUUAUUGUAUUUUCUUAUCUAAGAUGACUUUAUAGUCAUAGUGGCCAUUUAUCAUUAGCUCGCGAUUGGGAAAUGUACGUUUCCCAUUUUUAUAUUGUUUUGACCUAUACUCAUUAGUAAGUAAAUCCGCAUGCAUGCAUACCAGUGAAAGCCUACACCUGUUUAGGAAUUGUGAGAUCAACACAUAUCCGUACGAGUGUUCGUAUGUGUAUGAUCUUUCAAAAAUCAUUUUAUAGGUUUGCCUCGUACAAGUGCUUAAUUUACUAAACUAUUCAUCACUACAUA